AGGACACGGAGUCCUAUGAAGUUACACAUCUGGUCAUACUUAAUCUGUGACUGAACUGGACUAUACUGCACUGUAGUGUUUCUACCAUAUGAUACCAGGUACCAUCUUUACAGGAUCAACAUGGAUGAUACUGCAGAAAUUUAUCAACGUGCUAAAUACCAGGCUGUUCACAGCAGAAAUUCAUCAGGAUUUUCUUCCCUCGAAGAUGGUCGAGAAUGUGAGAGAUCGACAGGGCUGAACGUCUGUUACAGCACUUCAGAUCUCUCUGAGAAAUCGAAACACGAGGAUACAAUUGCCAGAUUGCAAUUUGAACUUGAGGCAGUAAAAUGUCGCAACAAAAGAAUGGAAAUGCAAAUGGCAUCUGAGAGAGAACAAUUUCGCAAAGAAAUUGAAAUAUUGAAGACCUCCGCAAUUGAGUAUCAAGAUCAACUCCAGAAAAAGAACCAUGAAUGUGAUGAGUUGCUUGGAGAAAUUGGACGAUUAGAAUUUGAGGCAGAGCAAGAAGUGAAUGAAAGAAAACAUGAAGUUCUUUUUCAGCAGAUUUUUUCUCAAAACACGGCCGAAGUUCACAUGAUUAAUCCAACAUAUACAGAACGUCGUUGUGAGUUGGAGUCUGAAUGUUCUGUGUCGACUGAGCAGCCAAUAGACACAGUUGAAACACUAGCAUCUGCAACAGAUGAAGAAAAUGUAGACGUCGUGACCAUUAUACCACCACAGAUUGAGCCAUAUUCUGGCCAUAUGCAUGAACAAAUCAGUCCUUUACCACCGCAGAAUGAGGCAUAUUCUAACAUGGCUUUGGAUGAUUCAAAUGACGAGCAACAAGGAGACUGUUUUGAUAAUAACGAAAUGGAAACUAAUGGUGAAAUGGCAUCUUCGUCUGCGAACAAUGACCGUAGUUAUCGACAUCUGUUGGAAUUUAUUGCACAAUCGUUAUUGUUCGAUGAUGUCGUGAAACUCAAGGAUUGGGCAAGUAAGAGAUUCUCAAUCGACAACUCUGAAAAUGUAGCUGAUGUUCUGUUACACCUUGAUCAAACCGGAGUCAUUCAUGCUUCAAAUUUAAAUGAACUCCGUGAUUUCUUCGAAUCCAUUAAGAGGGUUGAUCUGGUCUACAUAAUUGACGAGUUUCUACAUGGUAACUAUAUAUAGUGUGCUUCAGGUGUAUACUUCAAAAUCGAAACAUUGACUGUACUUCUUUCAUAAUACAGUAAAAACCAGCAUUAAAAACCACCUGCUUGAAAUUUCACAAUUAAGCACAAAAAAAAAUACAAGAACUAUGUCCAGCUGACAAAGCCGACUUUGCCGAAUUUCAUAAAACAAUUGUUGCUACAGCGUAUUUCCUCUAUUUAGCACCCACCAGUCGAGAUGCGUUGAAAAAAUUAAGCCCGCACCCUCUAUUUAGCCCCCAACCUCUAUUAAAUAAAUCGCAUAGCGACAUACGAACACUAAAGGUCCAUACAGACCGGACGCGAUUUGGCAACGCGACGCGAAUUUUCAAUGACAUCUAACUUCAAUAUUUUUCUAUGUUUUUCAAAUAUUCGGACCACUUAAGCAAUUUUAGCUAUUUGGUCUGCAUAUCUUGUAACAUUUUUAUCCGUUGACGGUUUUAUUUGUUUUUUAAAACUAAAAAUUUGCGUCGCGUUAUUGUCGAAUCGCGUCCGGUCUGUAUGGACCUUAACGCGUUUUACCGCGCUCUGCACUGGAAUCGCAGGCCCGCAGAUUCAAUUCCUGCCAGAGGGCCUGUAGUUGUAUUUUUCGCAACUGCUCCUGGUGAGGUCUAAAAAAUGUAUAAAAUUUACACGAGAAAGCUGCGGAUUGAAAGGGAUUCAACUAGCUGAAGAAUACAAGUAAAACUUCGACGUUUCGAGCGAAGACCCUUCGUCGGGAAGAUUGUAGUAUGGAUCAGGAACUAAAUACAUGAACUUUUAUACUAAUAAUAUAUAAAAGCGAUCAAGUGACAAAAAAUAAACAAUCAGAUGGAUUUGGUCAAAACACAGUGGUCAAAACAAAGUGUAAACAAAAAAUGUAAAUCACAUUACAGAACAUAUUACUAAGGACAAGGAAAGGAAGCUACGGGAUAAUUAAAAAAAAGAUAAGGAAUACAAUGAAACAAGUAAGGAAUAAGGUAAGAAUUAUAGGCCCCGUUCAUUCAUACGGGGUCGGAUGACUCCCCGCUUUCGAAAGCCUUGCACAAUACUAUACAUAUAUUUCGCCUUGCACGAUACUACAUGUAUCGCAUGAAACCGGACGAAUUCCAGCACAGCUAACCGUAUGACUUCGAGACCAAGUAAAAUUAAGUCUCGUUUUGUACUGGGGCCGGUUGUAUAAAAAAGUGAUUAAAGUUAACUAUAGUUAGUGGAAAUGUCAUCCAAUAAGAAGCGCGUAUUUGAGAGUUAAUCACUAUUUAACUACAAAAUAGUGAUUAAAAAGUGAUUAAGAGUUUUAUACAACUGGCCCCUGGAAUGGCUCCUAAAUUAGACGAAGCCAUGUGAACAGUGGAAUCGAUCUUUUUCAAGACUAUUUUGCGCGGCAGAGGAUUGGGAUUGACUGGCUGACUGACUCGUAAUUAAUCAUGUUCCGUGUGUUAGGCAAGAUUUUAUUUCCAUCUUUUGACUUAAUCGCAAGCAGUAUAGGUUAAACGUGAGAACAUUGUCUUGUUUUGCUGAAGUGUUCGAGUGGUUAAUUAAAUUCGUGGUAUGCACUGAUAACACUGAAUAAAGAAGAAUUUUUAAGAGAAAGUUGAUUAAAUUUUUCCAUCAUGUUUCUAGUUUAUAACGAUGAUUCUGUAAAUAAAAAAUUAUAUUUUAUUUAGCCUUCAACCUCUAUUUGCACCGCCCCCCCCCCCUCCCCCACCCAGUCCAGAACCACUGGGGAAAUAAGACUUCUGCGGUGGGUUAUUGAAAUAAAGGAAAUACUGUUUGUAAGAACCAGUCUGUUUCCAAAAUAGUACUAUGGUUGUUUUAUAUGCAGAUUUUUACUGAUUGCUGCUUUGUAGUACAUUUUAUCGUAUAACUUAUAUGUACAUGCAUUGCGAGGAUUAAAUUAAUCGUGAGGAUUCAGCUACAAUCUUGGCCAAAAACCAUAGAACUUCAACGAUGGACGAUUUUCUCCUUAUAUUUCACUUCUUCCACCCUCCUCCCCCCCCCCAUUCAAUGUUGUUUUAUGUAACUAUAAUAGAUGGAAAUCUGGCACAACAAUACUGUGACCGACAACAUUGACUGGGGGGAGUUGUCAUACUUGUAACAAAAUGCAACAAAAAUAAAUUUCACGGGAAAACUAAUGCAAACGUUCAGCCGUUUUCCAAGCUUUUGGCCAAGGUUGCGGUUUCUUACAUUUCGCAGCAAGGUUUUUUUAAACUAAACAAAAGAAAGUUCAACAAUAUAACCUUUCUACUUACGAUAAAAUGAUAAACAAAAUAAUUGCUGUCACCUUUCCGCUCGGCCCCUCUUUAGAUAUAGUGCUGUUUAACGUGAUGCUAACACUUACAUCAGUUGUAAAGAUAGAGCUAUGUAGGGAGCUGCUGGAGGUCUUGGCCCUACCCAGGUUUUCCUGUACCGCAGGUUUUUUCCUGGCCUCCCUGAUUAUCCAGCUUUAGCAUAAGGGUUGGCAUCCCGUAAACGGCAUUCUUAAAGUUGCCUCCGUACUCAUUCUCGCAAUUCAAUCAGAUUUCUAAACAUGGAAUAUUGAGUGAUGGACAGUUAUCUUUGAAAUGGUUCCUCGUUAUAACAGGUUCACUUGUUCCUCCAGGAAAAACCAAGGAUAGCUAGAGCACUUCACCGUUCGAGCACUUACUUGCCCAAAAUUUAUGCAGUAAAAUGCGUCUGUUGUCCGGCCAGUUAGUAUAAAAUAACCGGCCGGAUACCGGAUAUUUAUUUAAGGUUCAGGCCUUUUUAGGAUAAAAAUGAUGUAAUAUUCAUGGCUUAGCAGGUAUGAGUAUUUAAUGAGCAGCUGGCAAUAUUGACAAGAUUUUUCAUGUCCCCUUGCAAUAUACGAACAAAUGGGUUCGAAAUUUUUUUACUACUGGCUUUUCCAACCACUAUAUAUUAUGCAUGCAUGUUUAUCGAUGUUGGACUGUAAAGUUCUUUCCUAUCAUUUCCAGUCAAUAUAUUACAAACACUAUCACUUUAUAACAAAUGAACAUAAUUAUUUACCCUUGGAUGAUUAGGUCUGAACCUUAUAUAAUCAAUAUUCGGGCGGAUAAUCAGGUCAGAUAUCAUGCAUAAAUCAUACAAUGGACAAUUACGCAUUCAGUUUUCUCUGCCCGGCAGAGCAAGACAAACCUUUGACAAUUUUCAUUCCAUUUUCGUACAAAAUGAUCCAAAAUAUAAUCGAUUUGGUCUUGGCCGUUUACUAUUUAUAAUAGUCGUUCGACAUUUUUGAGUUAUAAUGCCAAAAGACAAAAACACACAGUCACUGACACACAAUUCAUACAAACCCAGGUGAAAACAUAACCUGGCGUAGGUAACCAGCAUUAAAAAAAAACUGGAUUAAGACCACCUGCCUGAAAUUUUUAAUUGGUUAGUAAGAACGAAAAACAAGAGCAAUUUACGGCUGACAAAGCCGACUUUGUCUGAAAUCGUACAAAGUUCCUGUUAUAUAUAAGAACCACUUCAGCCAGUCCAUAUACGUAGUGGAAGAAUAGCUUACACUGUUAUAGCUAAACUGUUGUAUUUUGUAAAUACUGUAAAUAAUUUAGCUUUCUUUAAAUAAAGUCUAAUUAUA